AUGCAACACAUCCGGGCCCUGCGACCUUCAAGUCGCACAUUUACAACCCUAGCACGGCCUCACUCCGCGCUGCGAACAGCCCUCCGAAUCACAAACACAAGGGAACGCUCCCUCCCCUCGCGCCAAUUAACACCAUCAUGCACAUCAAUCCAAAAAAGAUUCUUCAACCUCUCAUCCCUCUCCUCCUUCCUACCAACCGGCAACAAUAACGGCAACAACUCACCCAAGCGCGUACUAACGGCCUCCCGCACACUCCCCUACUCGUCUGCGCCCCUCUUCAAAGUUAUCUCCUCCGUCGAAGCAUACUCUGAGUUCCUGCCCUUCCUCUCUGCAUCUACUGUUACAGCGCGCGACCCGCAAACGGGCUACCCAACGCAGGCGUUCUUGACAAUUGGAUACGGACCAAUUAGCGAGACUUUCACUUCGCGUGUGGAUUGUGAUCCUGCGAAGGGGACUGUGGAGGCACGCAGUGGUGCGAAGUUUGGAAAGACGGAGGGUAGCAGCGGGAGUUCAUCUGGGCUUAGUGGAUUCUUCCCUGGUGCUAAUGAGGGGGUCUUCGAGUAUCUCUCUACGCGGUGGGAAUUGACGCCUGUGGAGGUGAAGGGUGGGUCGCCGCAGACUAAGGUGGACUUGGAGGUGCGGUUUGAGUUCCGGAAUCAGUUGCAUGCUACUGUUAUGGGUGCUGUUGAGGGGCAGAUGGCUGGGGUUAUGAUUGAGGCGUUUGAGAAGCGGAUGAAGGAGAAGUACACCGAGGGCCAUUAG